UGCCGCCAUUACGUACAGCUGUCAAAUGUGUGUGAAAUAUCCAAUAAAAAUUGAGCUUUUUCAAAUUAAACAGGAAGUUGUCUGCGGAUAACAGAAAUUUGGUGGAAUUGGAGGCAUCUGAUUUUGCUCCUCAACGUAUUAUGGCUCAAAAUAUUAAUCCACAUUACGCGUCGUCGUCAAAUCCAGCGAAACAAAAUGAAGAUACGAUUAAACUAAAAGAUAAUCAUGCAGUAAGCAAACGGCUUCAAAAAGAGUUAAUGGAGCUGAUGCGGUGCGCUGAUAAAGGCAUAUCAGCAUUUCCCGAAAGUGAGAACUUAUUUAAGUGGAUUGGCACCAUAAAUGGCCCCCAGGAAACAGUAUAUGCGGGUCACAAGUACAAAUUGUCACUGGAGUUCCCCAACUCAUACCCUUACGCACCGCCUAUGGUGAAGUUCAUCACGCCAUGCUUUCACCCUAAUGUAGAUACCUGUGGUUUAAUAUGUUUAGAUAUUUUGAAGGACAAGUGGACGGCACUGUACGAUGUCCGCACUGUGCUACUGUCCAUCCAGAGUUUGUUAGCCGAGCCAAAUACGCACAGUCCUUUAAAUCAACAAGCUUCGUACCUGUGGCCCAACCAGCCAGCCUAUAAGAAGUACCUAGACGAAUUUUACAAUAAGCACAGAGACUCAUAGUGGACUUGUGUUUUUUUGUCAACAUUAAAGAAAAUAUUUUUGAUUUUGCGUUGUAUUUUGUGUUGUGAAUGUUUGAGUGCAUGAUUGUGAAGAGGUUGGCGCUGAUGAGUUACUCACUGUUCCAGAGCAGCUCCUACUUGAUAAUAGUUUUUUAUAUUUCCAUAUUUUGACUUGGCUAUGUGUAGAUAGUAAAUUGUAGGUGUUAUAUGACUGUGAUAGAUUACCUGAAAGCAUAAUAUCAAAAUUAAUAUUGUAUACCUAUAUAUAUAGCUGUUAAGGUACAAUUCUUGCUGAUUUUAUAAUCUGCUGACUUAAUAAUUGAGUGGAGCUUGCUCUCUGUACUUCAUCUUGUUUUGUAUAAUAUCUGUGUCACGUAAAACUAUCAAUAUCAUUGUUAGGCAGUUGUAAGUUUCCAAAGUUAUAAUUUAGUUGUUAAUUACAUGUAAACUCAUCAGCCCUAUCUCUUGCUGGUGGAUUGGAGUCUGUGUAUUAUGAGAUCACUGACAAUUAUAAUUCUUUAGUGCAAUUGAA